CCUCAGUGUCAGUCGAGGCGCCGGACGGGGAGGAUGUACGCUCUCGCCUCUCCCUCCACCCAGACCACGUGACCUCUUACUGACCCACGGAGGAGGUCAGGGGGGGGAUGUGAGGAUGGCCGUGUCGGAGGAAUUUGUGGAGCAGCUGCAUGAGGUGUUCAAAGUGUGCGAUGUGGAGCAAAGUGGAACGAUCUGUCUGUCGCAUUUGUUACGUCUUGCAGGAGAACACUUCGGGAGCAGUCAGAACAGCGUGAACUCGGCCGUGACCUCCCUGGGGGUGAGCGGGGAUGUGAUAACCUUCCCCCAGUUCUGCGAGGUGGUGGCGGCCAUACUGACCCAGGGUACAGAAGAGGAAGAUCAAGUUGACGGCGCCGGUGCUUCUAAAUUACAGACCCAUUUUGAAGAAGGAAGAGGAGGAGGAGGAAGAGGAAGAGGAGGAAGACCACAGGAAACAGAAGAAGACGAAGAAGUAGGAACACGAAGAAGAGGAAGAGGGGAGAAGAGAGGAGGAGGAGGCCUAGAAGAGGAAGAGGAAGAGGAGGAAGAGCAACCUAACUUCACUUUCGAUUUAGAAAAGGAAGGAGGAGGAAGAGGAGGAGAAACAGAGGAAGGAAGACAAUUUGGAGGCUUUGGGUGGAGGAGGAGGAGGAGGAGGAAGAGAGGGGUGAUCGCAGGGGUGGAAGGCAGGGGGGCGAAGAUGCCAGGGGAGUACAGGGCGUCCCCAACCCCUUCCCCACUCCCCCAGGACGCUGAUUCUGCCCUGGGGGGAAGCACAGCGUCCCCAGACUCGUCCAGGAAGACCCACAGCGGGUGUUCGAGUAUGAGUGACCGCGAGGAGGAGAACUUCGAGUGUUAUGGAGAAGCGGACGACCUGGACGCAGAUUCGGACACGCGGAUCUUGGGGGACGAGCUGGACGGCGGAGGCGCGUUACUAAGCCCACCUCACUCUCUCCCGCCUACGAAUUUUGGCCGCAGAAACACCUGGGUCCGAAGAUCAUUGAGAGGACCAUCCAGCUCUGAGAACAAGGUCUUGGCUCCUAGGCGUUGGGCAUCCUUUCGACACACCCCUAAGCGCGUGGGGGGCACCGCUGUGGCAUCCCAGCUAUACCGUACUUCGUCCUUCUCCUCGGGGCGUUCCUCCAAUGAACCGGACGAUAUGUACUCAGACGGAUCGCUCGAGGAGGACGUCAGCGACCUCAGCCACAAGGUUCAAAUGCUACAGCAGCAGGUCGGCGUCUUGGCAGAGAACCAGAGUAACACAGAUGACCGAUUUUCGAGAGUCAGACAGGACAACGCCGCGUACCAGGAGAGGGUUGUGAUGCUGGAGGAACAGCUUCGAGAGGCGGAACACAGGCAUGAGGAGCGGCGCGCGGAGGAGCAGCGGCGGAACAGGGAGCUGCUGGCCAGGGUGGAGCGGGAGAAACAGCUCACCGUCGAGAACUUCACCAUCAAACUGGCCAGCUUAGAAAAGGACAAAGUUGCCCUCGAGGAAGAAGCGCGCAGGACCAAAGCAAUUCUCGACAAAUUGCAGAAAGAGAAGGAGAGUCUUGAAGAUCGAGUGUCCGAAGCGGAGUUCACGGCCUCAGCGCUGCACCAGGAGAACGUGAAGAUGGCAGAGCAAGGGAGAAGAAGGGAGGAUGAAGGCAGGGUGGAGAGGGAGAGGAGUGCACAGGUCAUAGAGGAAUUGAGGUGCGAGAUCGAGAGGCUGCGAGCGGAGGAGGAGGCCGCGAGGAAGAGGUCACCCAGCGUGGAGGCCAGCGGCUCGCCACCCCCGGAGGUGCAGGCUACGCUGAAGAGGCUAAGGGAGGAGAACAAGGGCCUCGCGGAGCAGGUGGAAGACUUGCAGGCCCAGCUCCUUACAUCCCACCUGGAGGAAGGGAGAACGCUGGUGACCGCUACAAACAACAACUCCCUGGCGGCGGAAUUUGAAGCCAUGACGAGCGAAGAGGGCAGUCGCAGUGAGACAAUCGAGAAGCUUAAGAAGUCCCUCAAGGAUUCCCAGGAGGCGAACCAACACCUCCGAGCCUACAUUGACGGCAUCCUGCUCAAUAUUGUCGAGAACUACCCUCAGCUCCUGGAGGUGAAGCAGCCGCAGAAGUGAUGACAUUGGUGGUGGUGAUACUGGUGUUGAGAGGGGCUGGUGGUGAUGGUGGUAUGAA